AUGGCGUCUCCAGCCAAGAGCAGCGAGCUGAUUUUCUACAUUAACGGCAAAAAGGUGGUGGAGAAGAACGCAGAUCCAGAAGAGAUGCUUCUAGGUUACCUGAGGAGGAAAGUAGGUCUAACAGGCACUAAGUAUGGCUGUGGAGAAGGUGGAUGUGGGGCCUGUACCAUCAUGGUGUCCAGAUAUGAUCCUGUCCAAGACUCUGUCCAUCACUCUGCAGUGACCGCCUGCCUGCUGCCCAUCUGCUCUCUGUACGGAGCCGCUGUGGUGACGGUGGAGGGAGUCGGCAGCACCAAGACCAAACUACACCCCGUCCAGGAGCGUAUAGCGAAGGCUCACGGCUCCCAGUGCGGCUUCUGUACUCCUGGGAUGGUGAUGUCCAUGUACACACUGCUGAGGAACAAACCAAAGCCCACCAUGGAGGAGAUCAGAGAGACUCUGGAGGGAAACCUCUGCCGCUGCACUGGAUACAGACCCAUCGUUGAUGGAUUUAAAAGCUUCUGUGAUAAACAGCAGUGCUGCCAGAACAAAGAGGAAGGUGGAAAAUGCUGCAUGGAAAACGGAUACUUUCACGACCAGGAGGAGGAUGUAUCUGAAGAGCUGUUUGGUACAGAGGAUUUCUUACCUCAUGAUCCGACCCAAGACAUCAUCUUUCCACCUGAGCUGCUUCUUAUGGGAAAGAAACAGGAUGGCGGUCAGUUGUGUUUCCAGGGCGAUAGGGUGAAGUGGAUUUCUCCGGCUCUUCUGAAGGAUCUGGCUCAUUUAAAAGCUCAGUACCCCGACGCCCCGCUGCUGGUCGGAAACACAACACUAGGGCCGAAGAUGAAUCUGAAUAGAGCCGUGUAUCCUGUGCUCCUCCACACUGGGAGGAUUCCAGAACUGAGAGCCAUCUCACGGAGCAGCAACGGGUUGAGGGUGGGCGCAGGGUGCAGCCUUUCGGCCCUGAAGGACGCUCUACAGAGAGGAAUGGAGCAGCUGAACCCGGAGAAGAGCCGCGUCUACCAGGCCCUCGUACAAACCCUGCAGUGUCUCGCCGCCAAGCAGAUCCGCAACGUGGCCACCAUCGGAGGCAACAUCAUGAGCGCGGACCCUAAGUACGAUCUGAGCAGCGUUCUCGCUGCUGCGGAGAGCACGCUUCACAUCGUCUCCACCGCUGGUGUUCGGGAGGUCUGUCUGAAUGAGGAGUUCUUCACAGGCUUUGGUAAAACAGCACUGCGACCGGAUGAGAUUCUGCUGGCUAUAGACAUUCCACACUCCAAACCUUGGGAGUUUGUUUCGGCGUUCCGUCAGGCCCAGCGGAGGGAAUUCGCCUUCUCCAUACUGAACGCAGGCAUGAGGGUGGUGUUCAGAGACGAGUCUCCGGUGGUCGAAUCUCUGGAUUUGUUUUAUGGAGGAGUCGGACCCACCCUGGUCAAAGCCAGGACCACCUGCAAGGAGCUGACAGGAAGAGUCUGGGAUGAGAAGCUCCUGGCUGAGGGAACUCAGCUCCUGAGAGAGGAGAUCUCUCUGUCCCCCACUGCCCCCGGUGGCAGGGUGGAGUAUCGCAGGACGCUGGUCCUCAGCUUUUUCUUCAAGUUCUACGUGCAGGUGCUGCUGGAGCUUAAACAGAAGGGAAUAGCGGUCAGUGAUCCACCUCCGGAGUACCUGAGUGCACUGGAGCAGUAUAGGAACGAGCUGCCGCAUGGACACCACACCUUCCAGAUGGUUCCAGAGGUCCAACCUUUCACCGACCCGGUGGGACGUCCCAGAAUGCAUCAGGCAGCGUUCCAGCAGGCCACAGGAGAAGCGCAGUACUACGACGACAUCCCGGCAGUGCAGGGGGAGCUUUUUGUGUCCAUGGUGACGAGCACCAGAGCCCAUGCCAAAAUCAUGUCGAUAGAUGCGUCAGCAGCACUUGCCAUGCCUGGAGUGGUCACUUUCAUUACCGCUGAACACGUUCCUGGGCAGAACCGAAGACUCUGGUUUGGUAACAUAGAGGAACUGUUCGCUGAAGAGGAGGUGAUCUGUGUGGGUCAGAUUAUUGGAGCCAUCGUAGCUGAAAGCAGAGAACUAGCGAAGAGAGCAUUGCGGCUGGUCAUUGUAACGUAUGAGGACGUCCUGCCUGUCUUCUUUACCAUAGAGGAAGCCAUAGAACACCAGUCGUUCUUUGAACCAAAGAGGAAGUUGGAGAGGGGAAACGUGGAGGAAGGCUUUGAGAGAUCAGACCACAUUCUGGAGGGCGAGCUGUAUAUGGGGGGUCAGGAGCAUUUCUACAUGGAGACGCAGGGGGUGAUCGCCGUGCCGAGGGGGGAAGCAGGAGAGAUGGAGCUAUAUGUAGCCACGCAGCAUGCAGCCUACACUCAGGAGGUGGUGGGGUUGACUCUGGGGGUCGAGUCCAACAAGAUCACCUGCCAUGUGAAGAGGCUGGGUGGAGGAUUUGGAGGGAAAGUGAUGAAGAUCGCCUCAUUGUCCGCCAUCACUGCCACUGCUGCUUACAGGACGGGCCGUGCGGUGCGCUGUGUUUUAGAGCGCGGGGACGAUAUGCUGAUCACCAGCGGGAGACACCCCUUCCUGGGGAAGUAUAAGGUUGGUUAUAUGAAUGAUGGCACUAUUCUGGCUGCUGAUAUAACCUACUACAGCAACGGGGGCUGCACACUGGACGAGUCCUCAUUCAUCAUGGAAAAAGCUCUUCUUCACAUGGACAACGGCUAUAAAAUCCCUCACCUGCGCGGCCGUGGUUUCGUGUGCCGGACGUUUCUGCCCUCCUACACGGCCUUCAGAGGCUUCGGCGGCCCCCAGGGGCUCACCAUCAUCGAGAGCGUUCUGCACGAGGUGGCGGCUAAAUGUGGCUUACCUGCACACCAGGUGAGGGAGGUGAACAUGUAUCAGGGUGAGAGCAGCCUCACCCACCACCGGCAGCUCUUCAGCCCCACAGACAUGCUGCGCUGCUGGAGCGAGUGUUUGGAGAAAUCGGACUACGAGGAGCGUCUCCUCGCCGUCCAGCGGUUCAACUCCUCCAACCGCUGGAGGAAGAGAGGAAUGUCCAUCGUCCCGCUCAAGUUCGGAAUCGGCUUCUCAAAGGGCUUCUACAACCAGGGGGCAGCGUUAGUGAACAUCUACAAGGACGGCUCAGUGCUGGUUUCUCACGGUGGUACUGAGAUGGGUCAGGGCAUCAACACCAAGGCCAUUCAGAUCGCUAGUCGUAUCCUGAAGGUCCCCAUGUCCUCAAUCCAUGUCAAAGAAACCUGCACUGGUAAUGUUCCUAACGCAGCGCCAUCUGCUGCCUCGUUUGGCACCGACGCUGUGGGAAUGGCUGUGAAGAAUGCAUGUGAGAAGCUGAUGGGUCGACUGGAGCCAAUCAAAAAGAAGAACCCAGAAUACACCUGGAAAAAGCUGGUGGUGGAGGCGUACUGCCAGAAGAUCAGCCUAUCAGCUACUGGCUUUUUCAUGGGGCCUCACACCGGUGUGGACUGGGAGAGGAGUGAAGGAACAGCGUAUUAUUACUUCACCUUUGGGGCCUGCUGCUCUGAAGUGGAAAUAGACUGUCUAACCGGAGAUCAUAAAAACAUCAGGACUGACAUUGUUAUGGACGUGGGCAGAAGUCUAAAUCCUGCGCUGGACAUCGGGCAGGUUGAAGGAGGGUUCGUUCAGGGUUUGGGGCUCUACACUAUAGAGGAGCUGCAGUUUUCUCCUGAUGGAGCUCUGAGGACCAGAGGACCUUCAGACUAUAAGAUCCCCGCCCUCAGCGACGUCCCGCACAUUCUCAACACGCACCUGCUGACCAACGCAGGAAACCCCCACGCCAUCUACUCAUCUAAGGGAAUCGGUGAGCCCCCGGUGUUUUUCGGCUGCACUGUGUUCUUCGCCAUUAAAGAAGCGAUCGCGGCGGCGCGGAGAGAGAGGGGCCUCAGCGAGAGCUUCAGUCUCUCCUCUCCAGCUACAGCUGAGAAAAUACACAUGGCCUGCCAGGAAACCUUCACCACUGCGGCUUCCUCCUCUGAGGGUGGACGCUGCAGACCCUGGGCCAUCAACGUGUGA